CCUAUUCCAAAGAUCAUCCAUUCAGAGCGAGGCUUCCACGGACUUCGGAACGGGGCAGUGCUGUUUCCGAAUGAUCCUCUGCAGCUCGGUAUGCUUCCAUUUACUUCGGGGAGGCUUCCGAGAUGUUUCGAUUUCCACGUGGUCCCACGUCAGGGCUGUGGGGCCCCAGAAUGAUGUGUCUCCCCUGCCGAGUCGAUUGCUCAACGGCUAUACUAUCCCCAGACCCCAGCUCAAGGGGUGAAUAUUGGUGUGAUGCAGAAGUGUUUUUGAGGUUGUCUAGUGUCCAUUGGGAGUUGUGUAGUUCGUUGAAGAUGUGAGGACCUCCUGGGUAGUGCCCGGGUUGUUGCGGAAUCCUCGCACUCCGAGCAUCCACUGCCACGAGGUGGAAUUGAUCAUGAGUCCCAGCAGAAGAAGAGAAUGGAAGAUCACGCUGAGUGAUCCAGCUGAAUGAUCCAGGCAGCAGGCUCUUGCAGUCUUAUAGACCUCUUUCUUUGUUCCCCCUUCUCCUUUCUUUUUUUCUUUUCCAUAACUGUUUCUGCAGACUUACUUACCCAAACUCAAAACUUUGCAUUCCAUCAAUCCACUUUUUCAUCCUCAACCAUGUUUGCUAACAUUGUUGCCAGUAUACUUGCCCUUUGCGGCCGAGCCCGGAAGGAGGAGCGCGAAUUGGUGCCCAUGGUGUACUGUGACUUCGGUUGCGGUGUUCACAAGCAUGGUCGCACCAACGACGAAGAAUCCAAGCCUCUCGAGCGAGUGGAGGCAGUCCUGACCGAGGUGCCUGAAAAGGUGCACGGCAGGUACUGCAAAUUCAAGCAAGAGGUACGUACUCAUCUCAGUUGCAAGGCCCAAGAGAGGUGUCUGUCAAAAGCGCCUCUGCAAGCCCCAGAGCUUCCCAAUUUCCACAAAAGAAACACUCGGAGACCCUGCAAGGCGAGAAACUGGAUGUCCACUAUGGGCAUCCCCCAUGAGAAUCCACUCUGGGAAAAGCCGAUCAGGGACCCUCCGAGGUUGAGGUUCUUACCCGAGCAUCAGGUGCAGAAGUACGACGUCGACGGUCCGCCGUUCAUCGUCCGACGCUACGAAGACGGGAAAGGGUCUCGGGCUGUAGAGUUUGUGUCCCCGGUCUGCGCUCUAUCUAACGGUAGAGUGCAUCCCAAGGCCAGGGAUCGCACAAACGCGGAAGACAAGUGGUCGACCCACGGACACAUGGUAGAUUACACCUGACUUUCCCAAACUUCUCCCUUCCUGCACAACAAAGAACACAUCGUUUCGUCGUCUCCUUUCACUCGCUUGAUGGGAUGGUGAAGCUGUUACUCAUGCCAUGGCUCUAUUGAGACCUCAUGGUUGGGUGUACUGGCUUUGCUUGACCUGAAGGUGUCUGAUUGGUGACUUCGACUUCACCCUUGAUCAUGGGCACCCCGAAGCUGUUAC